GAAUAAAGUUUGUGGUCAGUCACAUGCUAAGAGAAGCGUUCGUGUGGAAGCGAUGCCUUCCUGUCUGGUGUUAGUCAAAAGAGAGCCACCAAAAUUGUUUUCCUUCUAGAGUCAGAUUAAAUGGAUGGGUAGAGAUAACUGGGGAGAGGGAACAUUUUUACAUCUUUCACGUUCCAAAAAUGACUCAGUUCCCCAGCCUAGGAACUGAAGUGCCCCCAAACCUGCAGUGCUAAUGUAACCGCACAACUACUAUAAUACACAUUUUAAAUAUUGAGAUUUCUACAAUAUUGAACAUAAACAACGUCUGCUAGGAGAACAUUAAUAAAGCAGUUUUCUUUAGUGGAGUUCAUAUUUCCAUAUGCAGAUUUCACAAUAUUCCAGUUUUUGACCCUAGAGAUAGGAGAGGAAUGUUUUCCUCACCAUUCCCGCCCUUUCUGCCAUUCCCUCUCCCUGCUAUUUUUCCCCGCCCGCAGUUGCGGAGUUGGAAGGUGGAAGGGGAGACAUCAAAGUGAUGUAAUUGGUGACUCCCUGAUGGUUACCAUGGCGACUAUCAGGCAAAUUACGCUACUGGUAGAGUAAGAGCUUCUUCCAUCUAGUCUUCAAGAAAGCGUUUUGGGGGGGAGGGGGCGGACGGAUGUGAAUCCACAGCCUACAGAAGACGGUCAGGCAGGGUUGAGCCUCCCAGCACAGACAACUCCUUGAACAAAACCCCGUAGACGAGUCGUUUCGCCGGUGGGAACCGGACUUGGCUGCCUCCUAGGCGGCCACCGCGAAGGACGCCCUCGCGCCCCAGAAUCUGCGAGCUGACUGGCGGGUGGUGUCGUCACUCACAGUGACGUGAUGGCGGAGGAAAGAGCACCCUGCGCCACGAUGCUCCUCGCCUUCCUUCCAUAAACUCGGACCGCCAAAGCUCGUGGUCCCACUGCCUGCACCAUCCCCUUUCCAAAAAAACAAAGACCCCUCCCCCAGACCCUACCACAGCAAACACAGCCCACCAACGCACAAGGCGCACAAAAGCCAUCUGCUGGGGAAGCCGAGGGCGCCUUUUGCCUCCGUGUCACCGAGAAUCAGAGGCAAAGGAGACGACAUGCCCUUGGUCUGGGUCCAGAUGCUCUGGAGUAUCAUAUGAAUUCUUGUUCAAGACGUCAGCUCUAUGGUUGAGGUUUCCGACCAGGAGGGACUGGAACUCCUUUCCCAGCUGCAGGAAAACAGUUGACAGUGUCCCUAUGUCGACUCAUUGAGAGAAAUAUAAAUAUGGCCUUCUACAGUUAUAAAACAGUCUUAGCUAUUGCCCGGACAAGAUUCCCUAGCCAUUUUGUCCAGCCUACCAGUUCUUCUUACUCCCCAUCAUUUGCAUUUCUUCACUUGCCAGAUUCCCAUUUAAACAAAACCUAUAUGAAGAACUAUGGAAGCAGAAAGUACUCCUAUCCAAGUCAGUCAGGCAAUAAAGUACUUCAUUUACGAGCCAAAAUCUUCCAAGAGCUGCACACAUCGACUUGCUGGUUGCAGGAUGUCCCCAAUAAACAUCAGCAGGAGCAAACAGCAAAGAAGCCUCAGGUGCCAAGCCCUCAGCCCAUGAAAGAAGCAGGCAUGAAGAUUAAGGAAGGAAAGCGAUCUUAUAGACAAAUAAUUAUGGAUGAACUGAAAUAUUAUUACAAUGGAUUCUAUUUGCUCUGGAUUGACACAAAAGUUGCUGCCAGGAUGGUUUGGAGGCUGUUGCAUGGACAGGUGCUGACCAGACGAGAGAGAAGAAGGCUGCUGAGAACCUGUGCUGAUUUCUUCCGCCUGGUUCCAUUCAUGGUGUUCAUCAUUGUCCCCUUCAUGGAAUUCUUAUUGCCAGUGUUUCUGAAACUUUUCCCAGAGAUGUUGCCAUCAACUUUUGAAAGUGAAUCCAAAAAGGAAGAAAAACAGAGAAAGAAAAUGGCUGCAAAGUUGGAACUAGCGAAAUUCCUUCAAGAAACGAUUACAGAAAUGGCAAAGAGGAACAGGGCCCAGCUGGGGGACUCCUCAACCCAGUUCUCCUCCUACGUCAAACAGGUCCAGACAGGCCACAAGCCCAGCAUCAAGGAGAUAGUUCAAUUUUCCAAACUCUUUGAGGAUCAGCUGACCCUGGAGCACCUCAACCGACCUCAGCUGGUGGCCCUUUGCAAACUGCUGGAACUGCAGUCCUUUGGAACCAACAAUCUGCUUCGCUUCCAGCUACUGAUGAGGCUGAAGUCUAUAAAAGCAGAUGAUGAGGUAAUUGCCAAGGAAGGGGUGAAUGCCCUGAGUGUGUCGGAGCUCCAAGCCGCCUGCAGGGCCAGAGGGAUGCUGUCACUGGGUCUCACUGAGGGGCAGCUGAGACAGCAGCUCACAGAGUGGCAGGACCUCCACCUGAAGGAGAAUGUCCCGCCUUCUCUUUUGCUGCUGUCCCGGACCUUCUACCUGAUAGAUGUGAAGCCGAAGCCCAUUGAGAUACCGCUCAGUGGGGAGGCUCCAAAGACAGAUAUUCCCCUGGGAUCACCCACUCCCCCUGAAUCUAAAGAGAACAUGGCCGGUUUAGCACCUCAACUGAAGGGAACUCAGUCAUUACAGGUCACAACGGUGAUAUCAAGUAAAUGCUCUAUAGUGUUAAAACCUAAAGAUCUCCUUGUCACCACCAGUGCACACCGCCCAGCAGAGGAAGGCGGGCUGUCCAGAAGCCUCGGAGCAGGACCCAUGCGGAGAGACCUCGGGACAGAGCCCCAGAGCCCGUCAGCCUCGCUCCUUCACAGCCGACCUCCUCUCCCGCGUCACACAGCCCGUAUAAAAAUGAAGCAGCAGCAAUUUUUAUUGAGGGACCUAAACUGAAAAUAGGUUUAGAACAUAAUUUAAAAAAAUAAAACAGCAAAAGUAGCAAAAAAUAUAUGACCUUUUUAAAAACAUUUUCCUUUUUUUUCUUUUUUCUUUGUUUUUAAUAUAUAGCAACUGAUGCCUCCCAACCACCAGGAGCAUCUUACCCAAUGGGUAAAUCUCUGGUAACGACCCUUUUAAAAAGACAUGUAAAUAUAUACUCAGAUUUA